ACUCUACACUGGAGCGAUUUCAUCAUCCUGGUCUUCUCGCAUUACGGGCUGUCCAUGCUUGUUCUUCUCCGCGGGGCUGCUGCAUCGGCACUGCUGAGGACCACCGCUGACAUUCCCUCCCUCUGCUCGGUGCCACAGGUCCGGUCUGUUCGGUUGGCUCGCCCCCACAACCGGCCCUUUUCCACGUCCGCCCGCCUUUCCAAGAAGAACAAGCAGAAGAGCCUCUGGCGGCUGGAAGAAGGACGAGCAACUAUGGACGGCGACGUGGAGCAAAUCCUCGCCCCUUUGAGGCUAGCAGUCAAGGAACAAGGGGAUCUGGUGCGAGAAAUGAAGCAGGACGGCGCUCCCGAUGUGGAUGUUACCAAAGCGGUGGCUGAACUCAAAGCAAGGAAGCGGAAUCUGGAGGCCAAGGAGCUAGCGUUGCAACCCAAAGAUGACAUUGUCGACAGAACCAAGAUGGAGGACACCCUAAAGAGGCGUUUCUUCUACGAUCAGGCCUUCGCCAUCUAUGGCGGGGUGAGCGGCCUGUACGACUUCGGGCCGGUGGGCUGCGCCUUGAAGAACAACAUACUGCAGGCGUGGAGGCAGCACUUCAUCCAGGAAGAGCAGAUCCUGGAGAUCGACUGCACCAUGCUGACCCCCGAGCCAGUCCUCAAGACAUCAGGACACGUAGACAAGUUUGCUGACUACAUGGUGAAAGAUGUCAAGAAUGGAGAGUGCUUCAGGGCGGACCAUCUCCUCAAAGCACAUCUCCAGAAGAUGAUGGCUGACAAGAAGUGUACUGCAGAAAAGAAGGCCGAGAUGGAGGACGUCAUCACACAGAUGGACAACUCCACCCAGCAAGAGCUGACCGACCUCUUUGUCAAGUACAACGUCAAGUCCCCCACCACAGGAAAUGACCUCACACCUCCCAUCUCCUUCAACCUUAUGUUCCAGACCUCUAUCGGACCAGGAGGGAACAUGCCAGGCUAUCUGAGGCCUGAAACCGCUCAGGGAAUCUUCCUCAACUUCAAGCGAUUGUUGGAGUUCAACCAGGGAAAACUCCCCUUCGCUGCUGCUCAGAUAGGAAACUCCUUCAGGAACGAAAUCUCGCCUCGCUCUGGACUCAUCCGUGUUAGAGAGUUCACCAUGGCUGAGAUUGAGCACUUUGUGGACCCCAGUGAGAAAGUCCACCCCAAGUUCUCCAACGUGGCCGACCUGGACAUCCUGUUGUACUCCUCCAAGGCUCAGACCAGCGGCCAAUCUGCACACAUCAUGAGGCUCGGAGAUGCUGUGGAGCAGGGUGUGAUCAAUAACGCCGUCCUGGGGUAUUUCAUCGGUAGGAUCUACCUCUAUCUCACUAAAGUCGGAAUAGCCAAAGACAAGUUGCGUUUCCGCCAGCAUAUGGACAAUGAGAUGGCCCACUACGCCUGCGACUGCUGGGAUGCCGAAACCAAAACCUCCUACGGUUGGAUCGAGAUCGUGGGGUGCGCCGAUCGCUCCUGCUUCGACCUGAAAUGCCACGCCCAAGCCACCAAGGUGCCCCUGGUCGCAGAGAAGCCGCUGAAAGAACCCAAAGUCGUGAAUGUAGUCCAGUUUGAGCCCAACAAAGGAGCCAUCGGCAAGGCUUACAAGAAGGACGCCAAGAUGGCCAUGGAGUACCUGGCUGUGUGUGAUGAAUGCUUCAUCUCUGAAAAGGAGCAGCUCCUCAACGAGACCGGAGAGUUCACCAUCGAGGUGGAGGGAAAGCCGUUCCAACUGACCAAAGACAUGGUGGCGGUGAAGCGAUUCCAGAAGACGCUGCACGUGGAGGAAGUCGUCCCCAACGUCAUCGAGCCAUCGUUCGGCAUUGGCAGGAUCAUGUACACCAUCUUUGAGCACACCUUCCACGUCAGAGAGGGCGACGAGCAAAGGACGUUCUUUAGCUUCCCAGCCCCUGUCGCUCCAUACAAGUGCUCUGUUCUACCUCUGAGUCAAAACCAGGAAUUUGUGCCUUUCGUUAAAGAGCUGUCCGAGGCCAUGACCCGAAUCGGCGUGUCCCACAAGGUGGACGACUCCGCGGGGUCCAUCGGGAGGCGCUACGCACGGACGGACGAAAUCGGUGUGGCCUUUGGCAUCACCAUCGACUUCGACACUGUUAACAAGACGCCGCACACCGCCACUUUGAGGGACCGUGACUCUAUGAGGCAGAUCCGAGCCGAGGUGAGCGAGCUGCCCGUGAUCAUUCGGGAUUUGGCCAACGGUACGCUGACCUGGGCAGAAGUGGAAGCCAAGUAUCCCAUCUUUGAAGGACAGGAGACCAGCAAGAGGGACGCGGCAGAGGAGUGAAGCAUCCUCUCUUCUCUCAUCCGCCCGUAGGCCUCUCCACAGACUUCUGUUGCAUUUGCAUCACCCAGGAAGAUCAUCAUCACGAUGAGCUUGUAUUGAUCACGUCCACAAGGAUUUCCAUUUCCAUUGCAUUUCCAACCAUGUAUGACCACAACGUCUUGUUUUAAAAAAAGAAAAAGAAAAGGGAGAAACUGGCAUCAGGGUGCGUCUUCGACUGAAGGAAGACUAGACUGCCACUAUUCUGCUUUUCAGGCAGACUAGAUUGAGAUAUUUAACACUCAAUAAAAACAGCCAGCACUUACUGGAUAUGUGCA